UGGACACGCCCCUGUGCUGCGCCUGGUGGUGUUGCAUGUGCGUGAGUGCAGUCGGCAGUUUUGAAAGCAGUUCCUGAUAGAGAGACUAUCGCUCCGCUUCUACACUGGCAGAGCAGAAGAAAGAGAGAGAGCGAGGGAGAGGGGAGAGCGAGAGAGAAAGAGAGAGAGAGGUUUCUCCCCGAGCGCCGGGUCCACAUUUGCACGAUGGCAUCAGAUCCAGGGCUGCUGCCCCUCUUAGUGUGGACUAUAUCAAUGCAGGUCCUGGGAUCCAGAGGAACAUCCAAUAAUGAAGUGAAUCUCCUUGACACAACUAAAAUAUCAGGAGACUGGGGCUGGCUCACAUAUCCUUCACACGGGUGGGAUGCGAUCAACGAAAUGGACGAGUACUUCAGCCCCAUCCACACGUACCAGGUGUGCAACGUGAUGAGCCCGAGUCAGAACAACUGGCUGCGCACCAACUGGAUCCAGCGGGACGGUGCACGGCGGAUCUACAUCGAGAUGAAGUUCACCCUGCGCGACUGCAACAGCAUGCCAGGCGUCCUCGGCACCUGCAAAGAGACCUUCAACCUCUACUACUACGAAACAGACCGGGACGUGGGCACCAGCAUCUGGGAGAGCCAAUUCUCCAAAAUCGACACCAUCGCUGCAGACGAGAGUUUUACCAAUGUGGAUCUGGGAGUGCGAAGACUCAAACUCAACACUGAGAUCCGUGGCGUCGGGCCGCUGGGCAAACGCGGCUUCUACUUGGCCUUCCAGGAUAUCGGAGCCUGCAUCGCCAUCGUGUCAGUACGGGUGUAUUAUAAACGCUGCACGGGAAUGGCACGUAACCUGGCCAUCUUCACCGAUGUGGUGACUGGUGCAGAUUCGUCCUCAUUAGUGGAGGUUCGGGGUCAGUGUGUGGAUCACGCCGAGGAAAGAGACACACCUAAGAUGUACUGCAGUGCUGAGGGCGAGUGGCUCGUUCCUAUUGGACGAUGCGUGUGCAGCGCUGGCUUCGAAGAACAUAGAGACAACUGCAUUGCUUGUGAGGUGGGUUUCUACAAGCCUGUGGCAGGAGAUCAGCAGUGUGGAAAAUGUCCUCUGCACAGUCACUCUGAGACCCGAGCUGCUCUGUCCUGCCCGUGUGAUGCCAACUUCUAUCGCUCAUCUACAGAUCCACCUUCUUCUCCUUGCACAAGACCUCCGUCAGCUCCAGUGAACAUCAUCUCAUCAGUGAACGGGACGUCGGUCAGUCUGGAGUGGGUUUUGCCUCUGGACACCGGAGGCCGCAGUGAUGUGAUCUAUGACGUCCUCUGCCAGAAGUGUGAUAAAGAUGGGUUACAGUGCGAGGACUGUCGGGUGGGUGCGGGUGGAGGUAACGGGGCAGGGACUGUAAAUGGGGCUUCUGGGGACGCCAGUGGAGCUGCUGGCGGGACAGUGGGAGCCUUGAAUGGGCUUGUAGUGGCCAGAUCAGGAGCAGCUCCAGUGCGCUUUAUCCCUCAGCGAACAGGACUUACUGAGCCAUGGGUGACAGUGCUGAAUCUCGCCGCUCAUGCUAACUAUACCUUCCGUAUCAUGGCACUGAAUGGAGUCACACAUCUGAGCAACGAGCAGCCGCAGUCUGUGAUGGUCAAUAUCACCACUAACCAGGCAGCUCCAUCUGAAGUGAUGGCCGUCCGGCAGGAAAACGCCAGUCAGAACAGCGUCACUCUUUUCUGGCACGAACCAGCGCAGCCCAACGGAGUCAUAUUAGAGUAUGACAUCAAAUAUUACGAAAAGGACAACGAGCAGCAAAGUUAUGCUACACUGAAGUCAAAGAACACCAGUGCUAAAGUGUCCGGUUUGAAGCCUGGAACGAGUUAUAUCUUCCAGAUUCGGGCCAGAACCUCGGCCGGCUGUGGACGCUUCAGUCAGUCGGUGGAGAUACAGACCGGCAAAGCACCUCCCCUGCGAAAUACCAACGUGACCAUUAUCUGGAUCUGCAUGGCUUCGGUAACAGGACUGGUGACAUUUCUGGCCGUUGUCAUCUGCAGAAAACGGCAAGAGGAGUACUUUGAAUUACGCUGUGGGUACAGCAAAGCUUUCCAGGACUCAGACGAGGAGAAAAUGCACUACCAAAAUGGCCACGUAUCAUUUCCAGAAGCCAGAUUUUAUAUUGAUCCCCACACAUAUGAGGACCCCUGCCAGGCUGUCCACGAGUUUGCCAGAGAAAUUGAAGCAUCCAGGAUCAAAAUAGAGAAAAUCAUUGGUUCAGGAGAAUUUGGGGAAGUGUGUUACGGCCGGAUGAAGCUGCCGGGGAAACGUGACGUCCCGGUGGCUCUGAAGACUCUUAAAGCCGGAUACACCGAGAAGCAGAGGAGAGAUUUCCUGGCUGAAGCCAGCAUUAUGGCACAGUUUGACCACCCGAAUGUCAUCCACCUCGAGGGGGUGGUUACUCGCAGCAAACCAGUAAUGAUCAUCACAGAGUACAUGGAGAACGGCUCCUUGGACUCUUUCUUGAGGAGACACGACGGUCAGUUCACCAUUAUUCAGCUGGUUGGGAUUCUGCGUGGCAUCGCAGCUGGCAUGACUUACUUGGCUGAUCUGGGUUACGUCCACCGGGAUUUGGCUGCCAGGAACGUUCUGGUCAACAGUAAUCUGGUGUGCAAGAUCUCAGACUUCGGGCUUUCACGAGUGCUGGAGGACGAUCCUGAUGCAGCAUAUACUACCAGCGGAGGAAAGAUCCCCAUCCGCUGGACGGCACCGGAGGCCAUCGCCUAUCGCAAGUUUUCCUCCUCCAGUGACGUGUGGAGUUAUGGAGUGGUGAUGUGGGAAGUGAUGUCAUAUGGAGAAAGGCCAUAUUGGAACUUGACCAACAGAGAUGUGAUCAAGUCCGUAGAGGAGGGUUACCGUCUCCCGGCCCCCAUGGGCUGCCCCGGGGCCCUCCACACCCUCAUGCUGGACUGCUGGCAGAAAGACCGCAACGAAAGACCCAAAUUCUGCCAGAUCGUCACAGUCCUGGACAAACUGAUCCGCACUCCAGAAACACUCAAAUCAGUGGAAACAUUGUGCAGACUAAACAGUCCUUUGAUGAACAGAAGUAUUCCUGAUUUCACCAGCUGCAGAUCGGUGGACGAGUGGUUGGACACCAUUAAAAUGGGCCGCUAUAAGGACCACUUUGCCGCAGGAGGGUAUCGCACACUUGGACAUGUGAUGAGCAUGAAACAACACGACAUCCAGCGGUUGGGCGUCACAUUAAUGGGCCACCAGAAGAAGAUCAUGACCAGCGUCCAGGUGAUGAGAGUGCAGGUACUGAACCAGAGCGUGCCAUCAGUGCACAUAUAAUCACAGACUGAUCUGAUAUGUGUUUGGGUCUCGUGUACGAACUGCAAAAAAAAACAAAAAACUCUCCCCUCCUUAACAAAAACUGGACUAUUACUGCGAUAAAGGAUAGGAGUUUUUUUUUCUUCUUCUUCUUCUUCCGCAAUGAUCUCUCUUCUCUUUUACUUCCUUUUGUAAAUGUUUGGACUGCCUUAAAUGACAUAAUUUAAAUAUCGUUGUACAUGGAUAAAGAUUUUAUUGAAUUCUAGAGUCAUGAAUAUGUAACGAGCGGACCUAAUGAAUAUUAAAACCGUGGAGAUGAAUAUGCAUAGUGUACAAGUUUGGCCACACCCACCACAGCGCCGGAUGAAACUACGAGUGCCUGAAACAUGACACCUGAAAAAAACAACAACAAGACGUCGCAAGAGAAUAAACGAAUAAUCUACUGUAUGACAAAACCGCAACCCUCCGGAGGAAACGUUCAGCUUCUUCACAAGAUUACGGACAAACGCUGAAUUAGUCUCUGCGGUCGUAAAAAGGGGGCGAAAAAGGCAAUUAUGUAUGUCAUGUGUUUGAUUAAACGCUCUGAAACUCAAGCGGCUGUUGUUUAUUGCGUACAUCGGCGAAUCCCUCUGGAAAUGAGAGGAGUAAAUGUGUGUAAAUGUUGGUCUGCGGAAAACACAAACACUUUUAACGUUUGAAAUCUGUCUGAAAUGGAGUGUGUGCCUUUCUUACAGAGUUCAGACCCGUUUGGAAAUAUUUAUUCUUAGCGUUCGCAGAGUUUGGGCUGUUUUACAUCAGAUACAUGAUUCAUUUUGAAUGCGUAAUCAACAUAAAUGUGUGGAUUUUGAUGGGACUGACGCUUUUAAAGUCAACAUGAAAUUAAAACUGACCCUGAUUACUUUACUCAGUGUUUUAUUAUGGACGGUUCAUCAUCGGUGCAUGUUUUGUUUGUCAUCAAAAUGCAUUUUAAGUGCAUUAAACUUUGUUGUCAGUAAAAAUUUCAUGUUGACUUUACCAAAACACUGGACCUCAUUUAAUUUUUGACAACAGGGUAUUAUCUGUACAUUCAUUCUUAUUUUUUUUAUUUAUUAAAUUAUGAUUAUUCAGAUUUAAUUAAAUUAAUUGUGCGUUUGUUUGGUGGAAUUAGUUUCCCAUGAAUCGUAUAUGUAAAUAUGAAUAAAAUACUUUUUUUUGGAGCUCUCGUUCUUUGUUUCUUUGCAAAUAAAAACAAAACACUGUCAUAUAGUGUAUGUCAAUACAUUUAGCAAUGCAGAGAGGAUAUUUAAAUGUGUUUAUCAAUAUGAUUGCGUUUUAGUAUCAUGGAGGUUCUUGUGUCAACGUUUUGAUAUGUUUCUUUUAUUUUUAUAUUUGUGUUCAUUAAAAUGUAUUGGUUUUAUUAA